AUGAACACACCCUUCCUAUUCCAACCCUCUCCUUCCUUCACUCCCCGCCUAUCUCCUCCUCUGCCCUAUCACCACCUUUCCAUCCACGCCUCUUUCCUUCCUUCCUUCCCCCCCUCCCUCAGCCCCUCUGUAUUUUCACCACACUUCCCUUCCACCUCUCUCCUUCCUUUCCUCCCUGCCUAUAAUUUCCCUCUGACUUUCAACCCGCGCUUUCCUCCCUGCCUCUCUCCUUCCAUCUCUCCCCGCCCUUCUCCACCUCAGUUUUCCCUUCUCCCUAUGCACGUUCGUCGUUUCCCUUUCUGCCUCCCUCAUCAAAAUCCUCUCUGGCUCACUCCUCCCGCCCCACUCCCCCCCCCCCUCCGCUUUUCCGCCUCUCUCCUCUCUUCCCAUCCCUGCACAUUCCUGCGCCACACCCUCUGUUUCCCCUUUUUCCUUGCCCUCUACCCCCCUCGGGCCGACACCUUCUGUAUCCCACCUCUUAUCCUUCCUCUUCACCCUUUUAUCACCUGCCAUUUCGCCUUCCAUGCCACCCUGCAAGUGGUGUUUGCAUGCAUGCUCCCAUUCUCUCACCCACUCACGCUCCCAUUCUCUCACCCACUCAUGCUUUCAUGUCCCUGUCGCAAUAUCAGGAGGCAGAUAAGGUUACGAGACGAAUGCCCGAGCCAGCUGGAUUUACAGGCACGAGCUGGAGGUCAAGCAGUGGGCGGAUAA